CUUCAGCGCGCGCGAAUCCCACGGCCCGCACGUGCGUUUCGAACGGGGUAAAAGUCCUGCGGCGCGGCCCGCGAUUGGUCCGUUGGGGCGACUCGCGAUUGGCUGCCGGCCGUCUCAUCCGAUUGCAUUCUCAAUAAAGUUCGAGACGCUCUGACAUUUUUUUAAUUAUAUCUCUUGCAGUUGCUAUUUCUCUUUCCAUGUACAAUUUGUAUAUAAUUAAUAAUAAUUAUACAAGUUGUUGUUAAUUUUUAAAUACGUAAAUAUCAAAGAAUUGACUAAUCGCAUCUGAACGAUUUGAUCGAUGUGAUUGGUCAAUUCCCUCUUUCGGCUCUUGGGAUCUCGGUGCGAUUUCUCGCAUCGUGAACACGAGGCUUUAGAAAUCGAUCCUCAGUUUUCCACGUCCCUGGCGGUUUCUAACCUAAUUGUGCGCGCGGUGCAAGAUAUUUGUCGGUGGUGUUUGUACAUUAGAAAAUAAGAGGCGUUAUUGAAAGGAUUAGGGCAACGCGGAGGGAAAUUCCUGAAACGAGAUUCCCCAUCUGGAGAGAGAGCUGCUCGACAGGAUCGCAGAGUAAGGUUAGACGCCGCGAGGAUGUCAGAAUCAGCUGAGGAACAGCCGGAGUUUCGGCUAGGACCGGAUCCCAAUGUCACCUAUCCUAUUCGGGUCCAAUAUUGCGGAAACUGUUCACUACCCAUCGAGUACUGCGAAUACUACCCAGAAUAUGACAAAUGCAAGCAGUGGUUGGAAAGGAAUCUACCUACUGAAUUUGAAAAGAUGAAACUAGCUACUGAAGAUGGCUCCACUGAAGUCAGCACAGGAGAGGAUGAAAAGAAGCGGCAGAAGCGAGGUGGUAAGGGUAUGCUGAAGACUAAAAAGAAGGAGGAUAUACCACGGCUGGUAACCAUUUCCAGAGCGCCUAGAGGAAAGAAAAAAUCUGUUACGGUUGUGAAUGGCCUCAGCACUUUUGACAUCGACUUGAAGGUGGCGGCGAAAUUCUUCGGUAGUAAGUUUGCCUGUGGGUCCAGUGUGACUGGAGACGAUGAGAUUGUCAUUCAGGGAGACGUCAAGGAUGAUCUGUUCGAAGUGAUACCUGAGAAAUGGCCACAAAUUGAUGAGGACUCUAUAGACGAUCUUGGGGAUCAAAAGAGAUAAUAAGGCUAUUCACUAUUACACACGCACAAUAAUUUAAUUAUAUACUAUUUCGAGUCGUGUUUAUUAUAUAAAUAAAAUGUACAUACGCAAAAUAUAUUUAAAUAAGUUAUUUUUUAAGGUUUAA